AUGCCAAGACCAUUUCUUGAAACAAUCCAAAGUGAACAGGACAUUAAAGCAGCGAUUGCACAACUGCACGCUUUAGAGCCAGAUUCUACUAAAUGGGCCCGCUGGUUGAGCUAUGACGCAAGAGGUGUGUGCACGCUUCAGGAAGCGCACGCUACUACCUCGCCUGAACUGCCAGUGGAGAAUGCUGAACCACCCGAACAUACCUUGGCGCAAGUGCUCAAAGAAAUUAACCAAGUAGGAUUUCCAGCCUUUAUGAGGGGGUGUUUAAGCGACGAUUUUCGGUCUCCGGAUAAGAUCCUUUAUCGAGUUCUGUACUUGAUUAAAGGUCAUUCCAUCAACCGUUUGCGCUUAGCUCAGGAUCGCUAUGGAAGAUUUUUAGACCCUCAUACAGGACAACCCCUUCGAAGGUUCGAAGCUGAAAUCGGCUAUAAUUUCCCUUUACUCUCCCUGUUUCUACACAGUUAUGCUGUAUUGAUAGCUCAAUGGGAGCACUCCGCUUCAGUGCCGGAAUCUAAAGGGCGCUUGCAACUGUUUCUAAACAGGCUUCAGCCCCUAUCUGAGGGACUGAUACUCCAAAGGCAGGCCCUUUCCGAGUACAUUCAGUCGCUAUCUGUAUGUGAUGAGAUGUGGUUUCAGGAAGGGCUAAUCAUGAGUAUCCUGAUGAUGGUCGGUUUUUGGAUAGAAUUAAAGCUACUCCAAUGGUUAUUGCCCCAUUGGGACGAGGCCUUUUGGCAGGGUCGUUUCUUAAACGAGUGGCAAGGGUAUCUUCUUAUUAUUUUUGUAAUUAAACAUUUUUGGAAUGUUGGCCAGCAAUACCUCCAAGAUCGUAGACAACGCUGGCCGGUGCUAAGUUUUUUGCAUCAAGCCACGGCAUUGAGCCGGCAGCAACUCGUACGGCUUGAAGAGUACAAUCAGCGCGUCGACCAACUUAUUCAGAAGCCUAUUCAGAUGAACGUCAGUGCGCUUAACCUAUCCGCUUCUGAAAUUACUUCUGUAAAAAGUAUGCGAAUCUUCUUGGGUGUUGAAAAAAUUUCUGUUCUGUCAUUGGAAUAG